GAAAAGCACCACCUUGACGCCGGCGGGUAUAAGUUUGAUAGGAGAAACAUGUUGGUUGGUCUGGGAGGGCUGUAUGGAUAUGGGGCUAUAACCAAUCCACUCGCCUUCGCGGAGCCCAUCAGCGCAUCGAAAUGCGGCCCGGUCCAACUGCCCAAGACCGCUGACCAGUCGCUGAACUGUUGCCCCCCGUUGCCCGGCGGGGAAGCAAACAUAGUUGACUUCAAGCUCCCAUACCGGCCCACCACUAUGCGAGUCAGACCGGCGGCCCAUUUGGCGGCUAACGAUGAGGCGUACGUGGAGAAGUUCACCAGAGCCGUUGACCUCAUGAAAGCACUUCCCGACGACGACCCCCGGAGCUUCCGU